AUGAAGACGUGCCUUCUGAUCUUCAGCAAGGACACGUUCCUAGGGGCCUAUGUGACUACGGUCUUCGAAAACUACGUCGCCGGAACCGAGGUCGCCGUCAAACAGUUGGAGCUGGCAUUUGGGGUCACCGCGGAGCAGGAGGAUCAACUGCCGGUGGCGGCAACUGUUGUGCCCCUGGUCAUUGAAGAAAUCCUCGUUUGCUUCAGUAUCGACUCACCUGGCUCCCUGGAGAACAACCUGGAGUCGGAACUCACCAAGGCCAAAAACGGGUGGCAGGAGGACUACGGACGUUUGCGGCCAUUGUCGUUCCCGGACUCGGACGUCAUUCUCACGUGCUGCAGCAUCGACUCGCCCGACUCCCUGGAGAACACCCCAGAGUUGGGGAGGCCGGAGGUGCGUCAGUUCUGCUCAAGCGUGCGUGUCAUUCUUACGGGGACCAAAGGACUCGCACACGCUGUCAGAACUCCCCAAGGCGAAGAACAGGCGACAGGAAGACUACCGCGGUCGCGGCCGUUGUUGUUCCCGUUCUCGGACGUCAUCCUGACGUGCUGCAGCAUCGACUCGCCCGACUCCCUGGAGAACAAUCCUGAGUCGGGGAGGCCGGAGGUGCGUCAGUUCUGCUCAAGCGUGCGUGCCAUUCUUACGGGGACCAAAGGCCUCGCACACGCUGUCAGAACUCACCAAGGCGAAGAACAGGCGACAGGAAGACUACCGCGGUCGCGGCCGUUGUUGUUCCCGUUCUCGGACGUCAUCCUGACGUGCUGCAGCAUCGACUCGCCCGACUCCCUGGAGAACAAUCCUGAGUCGGGGAGGCCGGAGGUGCGUCAGUUCUGCUCAAGCGUGCGUGCCAUUCUUACGGGGACCGAAGGCCUCGCACACGCUGUCAGAACUCACCAAGGCGAAGAACAGGCGACAGGAAGACUACGACGGUUGCGGCCGUUGUCGUUCCGGUUCUCGGACGCUAUCCUCACGUGCUGCAGCAUCGACUCGCCCGACUCCCUGGAGAACAAUCCUGAGUCGGGGAGGCCCGAGGUGCAUCAGUUCUGCCCCAGCGUGCCUGUCAUUCUUGCGGGGACCGAAGGCCUCGCAAACGCUGUCAGAACUCACCAAGGCGAAGAACAGGCGACAGGAAGACUACGACGGUUGCGGCCGUUGUCGUUCUCGUUCUCGGACGUCAUCCUCACGUGCUGCAGCAUCGACUCGCCCGACUCCCUGGAGAACAAUCCUGAGUCGGGGAGGCCGAAGGUGCGUCAGUUCUGCCCCAGCGUGCCUGUCAUUAUUUCCGGGACCGAAGGCCUCGCAAACGCUAUCAGAACUCACCAAGGCGAAGAACAGGCGUCAGGAACACUACGACGGUUGCGGCCGUUGUCGUUCCCGUUCUCGGACGUCAUCCUCACGUGCUGCAGCAUCGACUCGCCCGACUCCCUGGAGAACAAUCCUGAGUCGGGGAGGCCGGAGGUGCGUCAGUUCUGCCCCAGCGUGCCUGUCAUUCUUACGGGGACUGAAGGCUUCGUACACGCUGUCAGAACUCACCAAGGCGAAGAACAGGCGGCACGAGUACUACGAUCGGUUGCGGUUGUUGUCAUUACGGUCUUGGACGUCGUCUUCACGUGCUGUAGCAUCGACUCACGCGACUCCCUGGAUAACAAUCUUGAGUCGGGGAGGCCGGAGGUGCGUCAGUUAUGAGCAAGCGUGCCUGUUAUCCUUGCGGGGUAGAAAAAGGAGCUACGCAACGACCCGGAACCGCUUCCGGAGUGGGCCAAGACGAAGCACAAGCUCGUGGAGCCCGAGGAAGGGGCACACAAUGGAGGUUGAGACCAAUGCCUAUAUAACUAUGCCUGGAGUGCUCCGCCAAGACCAAGGACGGUGUACGCGAUGUAUUCUAGGCCGCCACGAUGGCCGCACAAGAGUUCAAGAUGUGAAGGAAUCCGAAAUGCAUUCUGCUCUUUAGAAGGAACAUCUCGCUGGGAGAAGAUACGUAGGAGCUACAGGAGCUUCUCUCGAUGCAGUGUCUUCGUCACUUUGCUAUGCAAGCCCAUUCAUUACGUGCCCUCGGGCCGUUAAGGUGCUAUAAGUUAAGUUCAUAAAUAAAUGAAAUACGUUCGAAAGAGAGUCUGCGUGCUCUCUUGGUGUCCUAGUCUCGCUUGUGCGACACUAGUAUUUCAAGAUGGCAGGUACAGCGGAUUCGCCGCUCAGUUUCCGUUGAAGCGAUAGACCGCACGUACCUUCGCCGCUGCGGCGUAUGCGCUUGCUGCCAGCGUUUAGA